AUGGCAACGAAAAAGGCGUGCGUGGAUGCGCCCAAAAGGAGCCGGAGUCCGGUCGUGUUGGAGGCGGAGAUGUUCAGUGAAUUUCAGGACUGGUGUCUCCGGACUUAUGGAGACUCCGGUAAAACAAAGACCGUCACCCGGCGAAAAUAUAACAAAAUCAUGCAGACACUGUUGCAGAACGACGAGUCGGAUGGCGUUUAUAUCGACAACAGCCACAUCAACGCCAAAUUCAAAUUUUGGGUGAAGUCUAAAGGAUUUCAGGUCGGGACCAACGUUUUGGGAGAGCACAACAAGAAAGGAGCCCCAGGAAAACCCGUUCUAUAUGUCCCGGUCAAGUCAACGUGUUCAGAUGGGAGUUCGGCCCAAGACAACUCCUCCCUGAAGCGUGUGGCUGUGGUGGAAGACUUCUUUGACAUCAUCUAUGCCAUGCAUGUGGAGAUGGGCGCCGACCCUGGCAGGGCGCCCAAACAUGCAGGCCAGAAGAAGACCUACAAAGCGAUAGCAGAGACCUACGCCUUCUUGCCCAGAGAGGCGGUGACUCGGUUCCUAAUGAGCUGUGGAGAGUGUCAGAAGAGGAUGCACAUCAACCCCAGCACUGCAGAGUUCAAAGAAAAUGACAGACCAACCUCCCUGGUCCCGGACCUCAUUGACUACAACAUGCCUCUUACUGCCACCUACCUGAAGCAAAUGAAACUGCAGUGCAUGACUGCCACAGAGAGGGAUGACAGUUCGGUGAGCAGCGAGGACAUGAACAGUGCUGAGCCCACAUGGGUCGCAGCUGAGCAGCCCCCAGUGCCUGAGCCCAGCCCCCCGAAUGGAGAGAGAGUCAGCAACCCGACAGCCACCGUUAAGGAAGAGGACGAUGACGACUCCUCGGAGAGCGGCAGCGCCAACGGGCUGCCGGCCCUGACCUCCCCGGAGGUGCUGGCUGUGGGUGGGAACCCCCCAGAUGGUGGGGCCCCAUACGGGGAGGCGACGGAGAACGGGCUGAGCGCUCCCCUGGACUUCAGCACCACCUCGCCCUCGUCCUCCUCAGAGGAUCAGCAGCCGGUCAAUCUGAGUGACAGACUGCUGCCUGCCGGGAGCUCGCCGCCAAACUCCUACCCCGCAGACCCCAACAGGAAGUACCCCAUCAAAACAGAGUACGGCAACAAGUCCCCUCCUUACAGCUCAGGAAGCUAUGACUCUGUGAAAACUGAACUGAGCAUGAGCGCAGAGGACUUGACCUCUGGUCGGGCACAGAUAAUUGACGACGACGACGACGAUCAUGACGACCACGAUGACAGCGACAAGAUCAAUGACGCCGAGGGUAUGGACCCUGAGAGACUCAAAGCCUUCAAUAUGUUUGUGCGUCUGUUCGUGGAUGAGAAUCUGGACCGGAUGGUGCCCAUCUCCAAACAGCCCAAGGAGAAGAUCCAGGCCAUCAUCGAGUCCUGUAGCCGCCAGUUCCCAGAGUUCCAGGAGCGCUCCCGCAAGCGCAUCCGCACCUACCUCAAAUCCUGCCGCCGCAUGAAGAAAGGCGGUUUUGAGAUACGACCGACGCCUCCUCACCUCACCUCUGCCAUGGCUGAGAACAUCCUCGCCGCUGCUUGCGACAGUGAAACCCGAAACGCUGCCAAGAGGAUGCGGCUCGAUGUGUACCAAGCGACGGAUGAGCCCGCCUCUGUUGACAAGCCCAACUCGAGGGACCCGGCCUCUGUGGCCCCGUCAGGGUUCUCCAUCUCCAGCGCAGCUUUUGCCCAAGACCAGCUCUACACCAAUGGAGGCCUCAACUACAGCCUGAGGGGAUAUGGGUCAGUCGGCAGCAACCAGCAGAACUCUGGUGCUGCACAAACCAAUGGUCCCACAGAUCUGAGUAUGAAGUCAGUCGGCCCAAACUCCUCCUCCUCCAGCUCCAACAGUCACGGUCAGGGCGGCGGCGGCGGCGGAGCUUCGGCUCAGCUCAGCCCUCCGGAGGUCACGGCGGUGAGGCAGCUCAUCGCGGGAUACCGGGAGUCCGCCGCCUUCCUGCUCCGCUCGGCAGACGAGCUGGAAAACCUGAUCCUGCAGCAGAACUGA